AUGGCGUUUCCGCCGUUUUCGUCCUAUGACCCUCGUGCAAACAAACUUGAGCUCUACCAUCCCACCGGCAGCGGCACACGAGGUUUGACUUCAAAGGAGUUCUCAGGUGGUGCCAUUGUCCAUCUCCUGACAAAGCGCCUCCAAGACCUACCAAACAAGGACUUCUCGCUUGUUGAGAUCUCAUUUUCAUCUGAUGAUCUUGUCUCUUCUUUCACCAAAGCUCACAACGGUAAAGCGCCGGAAAUUGUUCGUUAUUCUGAGGAGGACUACCAGCGCGAUAUGAACAAGGAUUUUCUCUCGGCAAUGGGAGCAGCGAGAAUCAAAAGUUUGGUCGAGGGCACAGAAUGGCCAGGCGAGGUGAUCUCGGACUUUGACGGCUGGGAGAAAAAGGAUUUGGAGCACUACGUUCGCGAGUGUAUGGAAGCAUCGCCACCUGAGCUUCUGCGUUCGAGAGUGGCUGAGCUGACAAAGCCAAAGAAGUAG